AUGGGAAAGAAGAGCUCUGUAUCACUCUGUAUCAAUCCUCUGUUUCUUGCUCAUAACCUUGAUUCUUACGACAAGAAUCGUCUUCUCGUCCUCUCUACUCUGGCUUCUAACGUCACGGCUCAAGACGGCUACUUCAACGGCUCGACCGGGGUAGGUCCCGACAGAGUCUACGCCAUGGGGAUGUGCGCUCCAGGUGCUGCACCCGGUGCUUGCUCAUCCUGUAUCAACGACGCAACCGGAAAUUUGCUACAGGGUCUGUCUGAACCAGACCAACGCAUUCAUAUGAUACUAUGCCAAGGAUGUAUCUCCGGUGCCGGUUUACGGGGACAUAUCGGUGUUGAUGCAUUGCACUCCAGAUGUUUCUUCAGAAGAUUGCAAACUUUGCUAGAGAGCAGCGUUGAUUACUAUAAGAGAUGGUACCCUGGGAAGAGAGGUGUGAUUAUAUUGCGGCCGAGUUGCUUUUUCCGGUGGGAACUGUAUCGUUUCUCUGGUGCUUUUGAUAGUGCUACUAACGCAACAUCACCUCCGCCUUCACCGCCGUCUUCUGUAACAAACCAGGCCAAUAUACAAUCAAGAAAGGCAAAUAAAAGAAUCUCUGGUGGAGUUGUGGCGGCAAUUGUUAUUGUUAUUGUGGUUGCAAUAAUAUUGAUUGCUUUAGGCAUAGUUAUUUUCAAGAGGAGAAAGCAAAACCAAGCAAAUACACUUCAGACUGAAUCUGUAAAACUUGAUCUAAAAACGAUUGAAGCUGCUACGAGCAACUUUGCUGAGAGUAACAAGCUUGGUGAAGGUGGAUUUGGUGACGUCUUCAAGGGUGUGCUCCCAGAUGGAACUGAAGUUGCUGUGAAGAGACUUUCGAAAACGUCAGGACAAGGUGAAACAGAGUUCAAGAACGAAGUUCUUGUCGUUGCAAAGCUUCAGCACAGAAAUCUUGUUAGGCUUCUUGGCUACUCACUGGAAGGAGAAGAGAAGUUACUCGUCUAUGAGUUUGUGUCCAACAAAAGCCUUGAUUAUUUCUUAUUCGACUCUAUGAAAAGAGCUCAGCUAGACUGGACAGUGCGACACAAAAUCAUCAAUGGGAUUACUCGAGGGAUUCUAUAUCUUCAUCAAGAUUCACGGCUCACAAUCAUACACCGUGACCUUAAAGCGAGUAACAUUCUCUUAGAUGCAAAAAUGAACCCCAAGAUCUCUGAUUUUGGAAUGGCAAGGAUAUUUGAAAUGGACCAAGGUGGCGCCAAUACAAGGAGAGUGGUUGGAACCUUCGGUUACAUGUCUCCUGAGUAUGUGAAUCAUGGCGAAUUCUCGACUAAAUCAGAUGUUUAUAGCUUUGGAGUAUUGAUACUUGAGAUCAUUAGCGGCAAAAAGAACAGCAGCUUCCACCGCAUGGAUGGUUCUGUUAACAACUUAGUCACUUAUGUUUGGAAACUAUGGAAGAAAAAUUCAUUGCAUGAACUCACAGAUCCGAGCAUACAAGAAGAAUGUAUCGGAGACGACAGUAAAAAGGAUGAAGUCAUUAGGUGUAUCCAUAUCGGACUACUAUGCGUUCAAGAAAACCCUACAGAUCGUCCAGCAAUGUCGGAAAUUCACCAGAUGCUCACAAACAGUUCACUUAGUCUGCAUGCACCUAAGCCACCUGGAUUUUUCUUCCCGAACGGACCAGGAGCAAACUCAUUAGCUCAAGAGUCGGGAUCGAGCCAAUUUACCAGCAAGUCUUUUACUUGUUCGGUAGAUGAUGUAACAAUCACCAGUGUUAAUCCUCGUUGA